ACUUUGAGCAGUCAGGCGGCGCUGUUGAGGCCGCUUCUCACGUUGAUGCCUGGCCUGCCUCCAGCGGAGAGCAGUGCGUGGUUGGAUGUGAGCGCCACAGACCUGUCUCUACUUCCAGAUCGAAGAUGGCGGUCUCGGUGUUCCCCGGCGUGCGGCUCCUCUCCAUCGGAGACGCGAAUGGAGACAUACAGCGACACUCAGAGCAGCAGCCCCUGCGGCUAGAAGUCAGGAGCACACACGACGCUGCUCUCAUCAAUCUCUCCAAUGGAGAGGAGGCAAGCGUGUUCAAGUGUUCGGUUUCCAGGGAGACAGAGUGCAGCCGCGUGGGGAAGCAGUCAUUCAUCAUCACACUGGGCUGCAACAGCGUCCUGCUGCAGUUCUCCUCGCCUGCAGACUUUCAGUCCUUUUAUAACCUCCUGAAGAACAGUCGUGGACAUGUCAAUGAGCGCUCAGUCUUCAGUGACAGAACAGAGGACUCCUCUGCUGUACAAUACUUCCAGUUUUAUGGCUACCUCUCCCAGCAACAGAACAUGAUGCAGGACUACGUUCGGACAGGGACUUACCAACGGGCUAUUCUCCAGAACCACACCGACUUCAAGGACAAGGUGGUGCUGGAUGUUGGCUGUGGCUCGGGGAUCCUCUCUUUCUUUGCAGCCCAAGCUGGAGCAAGGAAGGUCUACGCUGUGGAGGCCAGCACCAUGGCACAGCACGCCGAGGUGCUGGUGAACAGUAACCGUCUGGGGGAGCGCGUGAUCGUCAUCCCGGGGAAGGUGGAGGAGGUGACACUCCCCGAGCAGGUUGACAUCAUCAUCUCAGAGCCCAUGGGCUACAUGUUGUUCAACGAGCGCAUGCUGGAGAGCUACCUGCAUGCCAAGAAGUUCCUGAAACCCAAUGGUAAAAUGUUCCCCACUAUCGGUGACGUCCACCUGGCCCCCUUCACAGAUGAGCAGCUCUACAUGGAGCAGUUCACCAAGGCCAACUUCUGGUACCAGCCCUCCUUCCAUGGUGUAGACCUCUCUGCCCUGCGGGGAGCAGCAGUGGACGAGUAUUUCCGCCAGCCCAUUGUGGACACAUUUGAUAUCCGUAUUCUGAUGGCCAAGUCGGUCAAAUACACAGUCAACUUCCUGGAGGCCAAAGAAGAGGAUCUCUACAGGAUAGAGAUUCCUUUUAAGUUCCACAUGAUGCACUCAGGCCUGGUGCACGGCCUGGCUUUCUGGUUUGAUGUGGCGUUUAUGGGAUCAUCGAUGACAGUAUGGCUGUCCACAGCACCCACAGAGCCUCUCACCCACUGGUACCAGGUCCGCUGUCUGCUGCAGUCCCCCCUCUUCACCAAGGCCGGGGACACGCUGUCCGGCACUGCCAUGCUGGUGGCCAACAAGAGACAAAGCUACGACAUCAGUAUUGUUGCCCAGGUGGAUCAGACAGGAUCAAAGUCCAGCAACCUCCUGGACUUGAAGAACCCCUUUUUCAGGUACACAGGCACCACCCCCAACCCCCCUCCUGGCUCACACUACACCUCCCCGUCCGAGAACAUGUGGAACACGGGCACGGCCUACAGCAUGAAUCAGGGGAUGGCUGUAUCAGGGAUGCCUGCAGCUUAUGACCUCAGCACAGUCAUUGGCAGCGGCCCGGCGGUGUCUCACAACAACCUCAUCCCCCUGGGUACGAAUCGCACUCCCCCCGACUUCUCAACAUCUCAUGUGAACACCGGAAUUGUAAACCACACCCACUCCAGGAUGGGCUCCAUCAUGAGCACAGGAAUUGUCCAGGGAGCCACCACUGGCCAGUCGGGUCCCAGCAGCAGCGGUACUUACUAUCCCGUCACCAACCAGUUCACCAUGGGGGGCGCAGCAAUCUCCAUGGCCUCGCCGAUGGUCAUCCCCAGCAACACCAUGCAUUACGGCAGUUAAGGCGAGGACCUGACGGAGACCCCUUCGACCGCCCCGCCCCCGCAUGACAAGAGAUUCCCCGCCACACCCAGGCCCCCCAAAACCCUUCAGCCCCGACUGACGCACCGACCGCAGCCAAAACCAAUAUACCAAAACCAGUGCUGUGCUGGCACUGCCUCCCCUUGUUCGUCCUCCUCAUUCUACUCUGUUCAGUCCAUCACUAUAUGAACGGUCGAACGCUCUCCUAUCCGUCCAGACUCUUUUGUCUUGCUGACUCUUUUGCCCCCCCCCCCCCCUUCGGAUCCAUUGGGACUUCAACUUGUGCACAGCUGGGAUGCACAGCCGUUAUUUCCUCUCCCCUCCUCCCUUAAACAUGUAUCUCAGUCCCUCCGCUUCCCCUCCUUUAUUGUUUUUGAAUGUCUUUGUUUUUUUUAUUUUAGAUGUCAUAAAGCCCCCAAAGUGAUUUUUCAACCCCCCCUUUCUACCCUGAGGCCAACCUCGCUGCCAGACACCAGUAUCAGUCCGUUCCUACAGUUCUCCAGACCAGAUCUACACUAAAUAUUUUCAUUUGUACAGUAGGGCGCCGUUAUUAUUAUCAUCGUCAUCAUUAGUACUCGACUCUGGGCUGCCAUGCAGGCUUCUCAUAUCGGAACCGCACUUUUUUCUCAAGAGACGGACUCACUCGAGACAAAUCGCUAGUUAACACGUUUUCCCCCGCUCACUAAGAAAUGCAGAUAGUUUUGGUUUUAAGUGGAGACAUCAUUAAACAGAAGCCGUCUACAUGCCCGACGACCCGUAAGAGUACGGAAAAUGUGCUUUGUUUUUGUGUGACUUGGACAGACUAACUUAUUGCCCACUGUGAGGUUCCACUUUAAAAGCAGUGUUGGCGAUCCAAGCAUCAGGUUUUGGGAGAACUGCAUACUGGUCAACUUUUGUGCUGAGCAAAGAGAUAAAGCACUGCAAUCAUCUCGUCCACUGUAGAUUCUAAGGUCCGGGUCCUCUGCUAACACCUCGGCGUACACUAUACCGACAGGAAUCGGGGUUAAUGCUGGCAUGUUAGCUUACCCAUCAUGUCAGAUGAUAGUUGUAAAACAUGUUCUGUGUUUUGCACGAUUGGAUUUUUUUCACGCUUAAAAAGCCGAGUGGGUAGACACAUUUCACAUAACACAUUUGAUCCAUUGUUAAAAUCUAAAUAUCGAUCAGCGCAGCUUUAAAUAUUCUUGGCAAUCUUACCCAUACCAGUGAUGUGGUUAGCCUGCUUCUAGCUGAAAGGAUGGAAGCAGGGGGAAAACCACCACACUGUCUCGAUUUUAAAUUAAAAUACACACCUGUCUUAGUUAAACUUUGCCUAUGACAUAUUAAAAUGUCAAAAUUGAGUUUGAGGAAGCGUCCAAACUUAACGAAAAGCCUUACAACUAAUUAAUAAAAGGAGCACCUAAAAUGCGCACCGUUAGAGCCGCUACAGAUUCCCAUUCUCUCACUUACGCGGUAGGUUUUAAGGCUUCAAGUAGGUCGUAUCACGUGCGAUCGUGUCUAAAAGGGAAAAGUGUGCAUGGCCGUUCUGCAGGGCCACACCAAGAGCUCCAGGCAUCGAGUAGAGAAGCUUUCUUCUCGUAACCUUUUAAUAAAUGCCAGUUGUGAGAACUUGAGAGAGAAUUCCAACACGGAAGGUGACCAGUAGGACAGUCUUGCCGAAAACUGUGUCUUAGUUUGAGCUAAAGCUAAAAACCUGCUGCUCCACAAGCACAGUUCACCUCACCCCAAAACACCCAGUUUUUGUCAUCUUGACUGGACAUAUCAGCAGCUUCCCCCUAAGAUUCUUAGAACAAACCGGUAAGGACCCAUUAACCCAGGUGAUAGCCAGCCGGCCGCCGGAAUGAGUGAAGCUGUUGGGGAUUGGCACCAUCCCAGUUUACAUCCCACUCCCCCCACCCCCCAUCCUGCUUCUCCUCCCGACCUCCUUCGAGAUUAAGAGACUUCAACGUCGAGGCGUGGGAGACGGGGGCCAGUCCACCCCCUCCUCGACAGUUCACCAUGUAUGACCUCCGACAUAUCACGGCCCUACCACCCUCGUCCCCCUUUUAUCACGGAGAGAAGGACUGACACGUAUGCAUUGCUUCCAGUGUCACAACUAUCGGACUUGGAAAAUUUAUGAGUUAGAAAAGUUUUAAGAGCUGAAAAAAAAAGAAAAUGUCUCUUUGUAGGAUUAACCUUUUUUUGUUAUCUUUAUUUUGUUUUGUUUUUGGUUUUUUUUUCUUUCACAAAAAACAACAAAUGAUGAAAAAAAAGAGAGAAAGAGCAAAUUAAAUGUGGUGGAUAUGUUCCAAAACCAUCCUGGAAUCAGGUGUUGUAGUACUUUUUUUAAUUUGUCGAAUAGACAGCGGACACACACCAGAUGUUUACUAGCCUAUAGCGAUCGUGUCCCUCGAUUAUUGUUGUCAUUGAAUCAUUUGCUCUGUGUAGUCGAAUAGUGGCAUUCACUUUUUUUUUUAUCAUGGAAAAGUGUGAGGAAGACUGUGUCCUGUUCUGUCAUUUCUGUGUUUGAGUAAUAACACCUUCUCACUGUCUCGACAUCGGCUCUUCUGCUACGAGACUCCCGAGAGUCUUCUCCGUCCUCAACCUGCAAUGGUUUUAAACUAACUGACUCUCAGCCCUAAAAUGUGCAUUAGAGGCUGUCUUUUUUCCCUUAGCGGGAUGGGAGACAAUUUCACUAUUCAGCACGACUUGAACGGGACAGGGGAAACGAACAGGCUCAACAGGAACAAAUAUAAUAAUAGGUUAGGCGAUGCACCGAUCGAUCGGAUAACCUGAUACACGUUCUUCCCUAGACUAAUUUUAUAUGCAUUAAUGUCAAAAGCAAACGUGAUCUAUGACAAAAUAAAUCACAAUGCAGCUCCGUUGUAUUUAUGAACGUACAUUUUAGGAGACAUUGAAGUUCUUAAGCUAGGUGGUUUGCCCCUCUAAUAAAAUAUAAUGCAUCCUUUUGUUCAUGUAAAUAGAU